AUGAGGACUGAUCAGCUCUGGACUGCACUGAGUCUGUCCAUCUGGGCCAUCCUCUUCCUCACCUCAAAGGCUGACAAUGUGGACUGUACAACAGAACUACUAGUGCGGAGAAACACAAACCAUGAAGUGGUUUCUGGACAGAAACUCAGGAUUGACUGUCCAGUUGAAUUCUGCAACAAUCCACCACCAAGAGUCAACUGGUAUAAAAUAGAGGGUGAACGUGAACGUCUCAUCGUCAACAGCAGCAAUCGCAUCAGAAUAGGAUGGGAGGAGAUCAAGCCUCUGGAAGGAGUUUUAUUCCUUAUUUUUCAAAAGAUCCUCAAAAAUAACUCUGGAGGAUAUGGAUGUGAAAGUGAAGGCAGUGUUAGUCAUAUCAUCAAUAUCACAGUUAUUGAGGAAACUGAGGUCAUUAACAAGACAAACAAAGCAAUAAACAACGACACAAAUGAAGAUCCCCAAAAUGAACCAAAAGAUAUUUUCUGGAUGUACGUGUACUCCGCUGCUGGCAUUGGUGCAUUUGUCAUCAUAGUAAUUAUUAUUUCCAUUAUAUGCAUGCAUGGAUGUAAAAGGAAACCAAGGGAAGAGCAAAAAAUGGAAAAUCAGUACAUUGAGAUCCCUUUGGCUGGGCAAGCCGUCCACGAUGGGGUUCGAUAUUCACCAAGAGGAAGCCCCAACCUGCCGCCAUCUAGAAGAGCCAGUGAGAGGAAGCUACCAGGGCAACCUGCAGAGCUGACGACAUCUAGAGAUAAUGAGCCGCUUCCCGGUCCAAGGAUGAAUGAGAGAAACAGGCAGAGGAAUGUAACGCAAGAGCAGGAACCCAGCUCUGUUGUAUAUGCUGCUCUCAACCACGGGCCGCCACAAAGAGAAGCACCCCGGCCACAGAUGCAAAUAGAGGAGACAGAGUAUGCAGCUAUACGACUGCCAUAAUGACUGAAUGUCUGUUGGAUUAAAUCACACUAGAGGACCAAGAUUCUUUAGAGGAGUACAGCAGGGAUCCAUGAUUCUGGAAACAGACAAUUCAAAUCAUGGCCCCCAUUAAAGUUUGAAAACACUGAUCUUUUUCACAAUAAAAUAUGUUAAAGGAUUUGCUAAAACACACACAAAAAGGAUGAUCUGAAUCAAAGACUGAAGGUUUGUGGUUUCUACUGCUUUUCUCUUUGGGAUGGAAAAUGUUCCUGCUGAAACCCCGAUAAGUGCCUCAACGUCACUGCAAACUACUGACUAAAAAGCACGUUUCUCAUUCUUCAAAGGUGAAACCGAACGGAAACUGAACUGUAUUUUUAAUGAUUGUUAAUUCAACAGAUGUGUUAUUUUCAUCAGCCUGCAUUUUUUUUCUUCCUGUCUUCUGUAUUUGGUGCUAAAAUACAAGAACUAUGCAGCAAUGACUCAAUGAGGGGCCGUCAGAGAUGAAUAAGUAGGUUAUCCCACCGCUUUGGUUAGAAAAACAGUGCAAGAGUCCUGAGAAGAUGCUUCAAAGAACCACAACUAAGGUGUUCAGCCAGCUAGAACCUAACAAUCUAAAUUUAUUUUUAGCUAGAUGGUAGUGAAAUAAUAAAGAACUAAAAGAGCUAACAGCCUUUUUAAAAGUAACUUCU